UGUAAGUUUAUAUUUCCCAGUUUAGUUUAGUUUAGUUUGUAUGCCUUUUCCCCUGCCAGCCAGUAAAGCUGUGACUUUGAGUUUACACCUUGAGUCUGAGCGCCUGCAUUUUGGGUCCUACUCCUGCCCGCCACACAGCGUUUCAUGACAGCACCAUGGUUUACUCUUAACCUGCGCCAUCUCAAAGCUAGAGGACUGGAACGUCUGUUCAAGAAAACCGGACUUACCAUACACAAAGAAAUAUCUUGUUGUAUAAGGACCGCAUUGCUUCAGCCAAAUCUGCAUACUAUUCUGGUUUAAUCAGUUCUAGUGAAGGUCUUCUCUAGUGUAAUCCUGGCAGAACCGCUGAGGAUCCACAGAACGAAGAGCAAAGCGUGUAAGAAGAUCUUUAUAAAUGCACAUCAAGAAGAGGAGCUUUGUAUCUUUGUGUUGAAAUCAGUACUUGAGGAGUGGACAACAAAUAUUGGAAACAGAUCCCACUGAUCAUUCCAAAGGUUUAUCAAUUUGAGUCUGUCACAACUAAAGCUGAAGACAAACUGUGUUACCUCAAACUCCUAUCCAACAAAAUAUGACAUAACAUGGGUCCCCUGCAAAUCACCAUGAAGCAGAGACUGGUAUCGUGAAGGCUUCACCCCUUUCACCGCUCCCAACCCUUACCAGCAGCUUUCGUUGCUUUCCUUUACCUGUAAACACACCUUUCUUUCCCAUUUCCCUCUACAUUCUCCUGAUUAUAGUUUGUUUUUUUUCCCCAUUGAUUUAUAUUGGAAUAAUGCAGGGUGCUUCUACCACCUCCGCUUUCCUUCUUAUUCUUCCCUCCCUCCUAUUUUUUUCUUAUUUCCCUAACACGGCUAAUGGGGACUGCUGGCUCAUUGAGGGGGACAAAGGCUAUGUGUGGCUAGCUAUAUGUAGCCAGAAUCAGCCUCCAUAUGAGACUAUCCCCCAGCACAUCAACAACACAGUGCAUGACUUGAGAUUGAAUGAGAACAAGCUGAAAGCAGUGCUCUUCAGUUCCAUGUAUCGAUUUACCAACUUGACUGAUCUCAACCUCACCAAGAAUGAAAUCAACUACAUUGAGGAUGGAGCCUUUGCAGGACAGGCCAAUUUACAGGUUCUUCAGUUGGGUUACAACAAACUGACCAACUUGACUGAGGGUAUGCUGAGAGGGCUAGGCCGUAUGCAGUGCCUGUUCCUGCAGCACAACCUGAUUGAGGUUGUUGCCAGCAAUGCAUUCUGGGAGUGCCCGAGCCUGAGCAGCAUUGACCUGUCAUCCAACAAACUUGCCCGCAUUGACCCAUCCACUUUCACAGUUCUCAGUCGGCUUAUGGUUUGUGAACUGGCAGCAAAUCCAUUCCAUUGUGGCUGUGAUCUUUAUAGUUUUCUAACCUGGUUGGAGUUCUUCAACAAUGUCUCACAUACUUAUGACCGCCUCCUAUGCGAGACGCCGCGCGAGAUGUUUGGCUAUCCUUUACUGAGUCCUAUUGCGGCUGGACAUUCUGGUCGGAAUGCUAAAAACAUUUUGUACCACCACUGCCGAGACGGUGUAAUGAUUCCAGGAAUGACCUCUCUCCCGCCAGAUUUGGAUGGUCCUUCUGGGAUCGGACCAGAGAUGUUUGGUGGUAUAGGUCCAUACCACCAGCCCACAACCUCUUCCUCAUCUACUGAAGACAGCUUCAGUCCCAGCAUAAAGCUCCAUCAUGUCUCUUUGUCAUCAGCAUCUCUCCUUGUGAAGAUUCCAAAGCCCUUCAGCAAAAUGUAUAUUCUAACACAAUACAACAACACAUUUGUGUCUGAUGUCAUGAAUUUGAAGAAUAAGAAGGAGAUGAUCACCCUAAACAAACUAAAACCACGCAGUAAUUACACCUUCUGUGUGGUAUCCAUCCGCAACUCUCAACGUUACAACCACACCUGCCUCCAGUUUUCCACUCGGGGGCAAAGUCAAGAUGAUAUGCUCCCCACACCUUCCACCACUACUCACUAUAUAAUGACUAUUGUGGGCUGCCUUUUUGGAAUGCUAAUCAUUUUAGGCCUCGUCUACUAUUGUCUUCGUAAAAAACGGAUGCAUGAUGAGAAGAGGAAGUCUAUCUGUGUCAAGAAAACUAUACUAGAAAUGCGCUACGGACCAGAGGUGGCAGCAGCAGUAGCAAAUGAUCCAUCAGCAGUCCACAAACUCCAGGAACAGUCCAGAGAACAUCACCAGUAUCAGCACCACCAUGGAGGGAAACUUCCCAUGUCGACAUCCUCAAGCUCGGGAAUGCUCCACUCAGCCAACACUACUUCCUCAAGACUUUCUUCUAUCCCACAAGUGGAAAAGAUGGCCACUGCCUUUUCGGAGGCCAUGGCUACAAACAAAGGAAACUAUAUGGAUAUCAGAACUGGAGGGGCAGGGAUGGAGCGUAUGGGAGAUGGUAUGCAUGGAGUGAUGAGGGGAGAAGACUUGAGGGACGAUGAUGGAACUGAUAUUGGCGAUGACUCGGAUGAUGAUGGGCAUGGUUCUGCAUCUGAGAUCUCAACUAUUGCCAUGGAGGUGGACAAGGUUAAUCAGAUCAUUAACAAUUGCAUUGAUGCCCUGAAACUGGAUGCAGCUGCAGUUGCUGCUUCAGGGGCCUCUACAAACCCUACUUCCUCCAAUCCCACCUCCCCACCGCCCACCAGCACGUCCUCCCUAACACGUGGCCUAAUCCCACUCUCUCAAGGGAUGACAGAGACAUGCCAGGUCAUCGCUCCCAACAAAGUACCCCCUCCACCUCCACUCCCUGCCUUGAAUGCGCCUCUCUCUGAGCGCCCUGGAAUCAGUGGUGGGGGAUUUGUUGUCACUCCCCCCUACAGGCCCCCUCCUCCGGCCAACGCUGUACGUCCCAUUCAGCGGCAAAUGAGUGCAGAUGCAGCUGUCGUUAUUGUAAAUUCUGUCAAGAAACAGUGCAGUACCACAUCUUGUGGCUCUAUGGGUCGAGACAGGGAGCGCGGAGGAGCCAGGGUGUACAGCCUGGACGUCCCUGAGCCAAGGAGCCCAGAUGCCUGUAAUCAACAGCAGCAGCAGUACCCAGACCGGGCCAGUCCUGUGGGCUGUGGGGAGCCCCUGGAGAGACUCCCUUUAGUGGGAAGUGGGAGCUGUGGUGGAGGGAGUGGUGGUGGUUGCGACAGUGGUGGUGUUGGUCAGCAGAAGCAGCAGCAGCAGCAGCAGCAGCUGGAGGUGCAGCAGGACUACCACUGCUCGGAGCACCGCCACUCUGUCCCCGCUCUCUACUAUGAAGGCUCCCACCAGGGUUCCCCAGCCCAAAGAGUUUCAUUCUUAAAGCCCCUGACACGAUCCCGCAGGGACGCAGCGUCUUACUCCCAGCUUUCGCCUGCCCGCCAUCAUUCCAGUUACUCAGGCUACUCCUCCAGCCCCGAGUACUGCUCAGAGAGCUCACUGCGGAUCUGGGAGCGUUUUCGUCCCUACAGGAAAGGCCCACGUGAUGAGUCCUGUUAUGUGACCGCUGGAAAUGCCCUUCGAAAAAAGGUGCAGUUUGCUAAAGGCGAGGACCUGCAUGACAUUCUUGAUUACUGGAAGGGUGUGUCAGCGCAGCAAAAGCUGUGACUGGGGGCCAGAGUUAAGCACUGGAGGAUAAAGAGUUCAGAUACUGCUUUUACUGAUGCACCCCUGGGUCAGAGAAAUCAGUUUUACUCCAUAGGGAGAAAAAUGUAGGACAAAAUUUUGCCUUUAGGUUUUUUUUUUCUCCUUUUGGCAUGCUAGGUGUAUAAAUAUUGCGCUAAGAGCAAGGACUGCAAAACUGUGCCUGGGAUCUGAGUCAUUACGGUCUAUUUUUUUUUUUUUUUUUUUUUUUUUUUGUUACACAUCAUUGUAGCAACUUCUAUGGAUCAUUCUUAUUCAGUGUUUGUGGGUUUCAUUUAUAGUACAGGGAGCAAAUGCCAACUGUGUAAUUUAGUACUCUAUUUGAGUGAUCACAUUUUGUGAUG